AUGUCGGGACCGUACAGCCUGAGGUCCCAGGACCAGGACCAGGACUCCAUCUCCUACACGUCGCUACCAGGCACAACCAAGACGGAGUUUAUUGCACACAACAUGACGGCCAUGAAAUCGCUGCUGGAAAAGGCUGCUGGUAAGCCACCUCGGCUCUGCCCCCCUCCCGUCCGGAUCGGCCGUCCGUUCUGCGGCAUCCUGACAAGCCGCCUAGGAAUGCACCCGAGUAGAUGGAUAUACGAAGUCAUCAACAAUAGAUAUGUCAACUGCGAAACCUUCGACGUCGCCUUGAACGGCAACGACGGUGGCAGCUACCCUCGAAAUCACGCCCAUCGGCUUGUCAUCAAUGGCAACCAGAGCUUCUCCGCACCGUCUACUCAGGUCCUAUCGGCGAUAUGCCUCGACUGCCGAUUCCACUUCGUCUUCAGCAUGGCUUGGGACGAGCUUCAUGUGGGCGAACUGUGCUGCCCGACACAGUCCCGAUGGCCAUUGCGAGACAAUGACUUUCCCUGGCACCACCUUGUAUCUGUACGGCCCGUCGUCGAGGAUGAAAACGUCUCUCGCCACCACGGAAAAUAUUACCCGGUCCUCUUCAGCAAUACCCUCGUCUGCUCGGCGCCGCCGUGCACCUUCCAGGUCACCCUUGAGGUCUCGGCACCCCGCAUGCCACCUUGGUGGGUAAAUCUCUUGGUGGACGAGGCGGCCAUACUGGAGCAGCUGAAAGCGUCCAAGGAGAGAGAGCCGACUCGAUACGAGGGCGCCACGGACGACUGGGCCACCCAGGCACCCGUGAAUUUGAACACGUAUCUCAAAAACCUUCUCGAGUCCGGCCCGUCCGACGCUCGCAGCAUAUCGAAGAGAAACAAACGGUUUGCCGUGCUCUUCGGGUCUCGCUGCACCAAAAUAUUUCAUGAGCUCGAGUUUACAGAUCAUGUCAACCUCCAGGACGGCGUGGACGAGGGUGUCUUUACGCCGACCGUCCCGCCUCCGCCCGGUGGCCCCUCGGGCACGACGGAAUUUGGAACCUAUCGUGCCUACUUGGAGGAUGUCCGGGCCGAGGUCCAGUGCCUAAUUCACAUGGCUGCGCAGGUUGGCGAGCCAAGCUUGUGCGCGCCGGCGUUGCACGCCAACCUGCAGUGCGAGGAAGUGCCCAACGUUGGGUCGGAUCCACUGGUCGACACGGAACGAUAUAAGUUGCUGUUGGGCGUGCUUCCAGGUCAGGGCCGCGAGAUUGUCGUCAACGCAUACAAGCGUCAGUGGGAUCUGAUCCCCAUUCGGAGGAAAGAGUUGGUCGAGGCGCUCAUGGGAGUGGCCAACGACGCCAACGACGAGCUGCUUUCCAAGUAUGCCAUCAUGCAAUCUUCCGUCUUCGACAACCAGCUCCAGCAACCGGCCGCACCCGACGACGACGGUGUUCUGUUCCAGGCCUUGACCUUCCUCGAUCUCCACCCGUCCAACAACCACAGCUCCGACGCCGUGAUAGAAGCCUUUCGGCAGAAGCUGUCGAGGGACCCCGCGGAGGCCGCCACGGCGCGCUCCAUGUUGCUGCUCAUUGCUGGAGCCUCCUCGGACGACAUGUAUCAGGCUGCUCUCCUGAUGGAAUCCGACCCCAAGAUGUCGUUGGAGACGGCCUGUGCGAUCCUCGGCCUGGCCAGCCCAGAUGUUACCUGGCAGCUCGCAGCUGAUACCGCCAAGAGCAAGCUUGAGGGUGGCACAAGCGUCCAGGAAAAAGAGGUGUACCUCGACGCGCUCGAUGCUAUUGCCGACAACACCAACUCCCCAACACUGAAGCAGGCAGCCCUCGAGUUGCGACAUUCCAGCGGCGUUGCGACGUAUGGUGCCAAGUCACGGCAGCCGGUCGACUGGACCCUCCCUGUUGGCCUGAACAACAUUGGGAACACGUGUUACCUGAACAGUCUUUUGCAGUACCUGUUUACGGUAAAGCCAAUCCGAGAGGUCGUGCUCAACUAUGAUGACUCGCGCCUCGAUCUCACCGACGAGAGCAUCAGAGCACGUCGACUGGGCGGCAACAAGAUGCAAAUGGACCGCGGCGAGGCGGUGGUGGCGCAAGCUUUUGUUCAAGAGCUGGCCACGUUGUUCCACAACCUGCAAACCUCGGACCAAGCAGCCACCAGGCCAUCCCAGCGUCUAGCCAACGCCGUCCUGCUGUCGACGCAUACGCUUCUUCAAAGUCCCAGGCAGUCGUCCGAAACGCCAGCGGCAGCCCAACCUCCGCCCCUUCCGGCCCGCCCGUCGCCGGCGAUUCCAAAGCCCGAUGAGGAUGUCGGCAUGGCCCCCUUCGCCGCGACAGGUUUACCCGAGUCCAUGGACGUCGCCAGCAACUCAAGUUCGAGGACAUUGGUCGACCACGACGAUGCGAAAUCGGACCGCUCGUACGAAAAGGUGGAGACCGUUCCGCUUCGGCAGGACAUUACGGCAGGCUCCGUGGCGGAUUCGGUGCAUUCCAAGGAUAUCAAGAUGACGGAUGCUGAGCAGGAGGACCGCCCUACCUCGCAGCAGAUGUCCGAAGCGCCGGAUGACGGUGUUGACCGGGCGAACAGCGACGUUGCCAUGGCCGAUGAUGCCGUACCCUUGACGGUCGAUCAAAAAGUGCUCAACGCGCUCGAGCACCAGUCACGGUCAUCCGGAACAGACCAGCAAGAUGUCGAGGAGGUCAUGGGAAGCAUCAUCAACCGCCUGCAGGCGGCGAUUCGGCCAAGCUCGACUGACGAGAAGACGGGCAUACAGAUGGAGAAGAUUAUGGAAACCUUUUUCGUCACCACGGUCAACUACACAAAAAAGUUUGGCGACGGCUCCUACCAGAACGAGAUCAGCUUCGACCGCUCCAUCACGGCCUUUCCCGCGCCGGACGGACCGUGCUCCCUCUACGAUGCGCUGGGGCGUAAUUUCGACCAACAGAUGCUCGAAGACAGCAAGUUGUCCAGAUACACGGCCAUCAAGACGUUGCCGCCGGUUCUCCACGUGCUCAUUCAGCGUUCGCAAUCGACGGGCAGGAAGAACGGGAACCCAGUGGUGAUUCCGGAAAUAUUGUACCUCGAUCGUUACAUGGAUGCGCCCCACGACUCUCCAGUAUUCCGGCGGCGCGUCGAGGAUUGGACCCUCACGGAGCGCAUUGCCGACGUCAAGGUCCUAAUCUCACGCGCCGAGGCCGACCAGUCAUACGCAAACAUUGUCAAGAUGCCGGCGUACAUGGACUUCAUCAACAACCGCAUCAAUGGAGCCGACGAAUGGGAAGCGGCGACGGGCGCGGAUGAGAACCACAACCGUGAGAGCUACGUCAGCCUCGCCGAAGAUGCGUGGGAUUUUGAUGGACCGAUCGGGCAUGACUAUCUCCUCGUCCAGCCUGGCCAUGACACGUCUAGCGACGACGUCGAGCUUCAGAACGAGCCGGCGCCGGGGAGGCUCGCCGAGCCCUUUGACGUACGGGACACGGAUGCCGCCAUCCAAGACAUGGUCGCCAAGGAGCUGCAGCAUUUGGAAAAGCGACUGGAGGAGCGACACGACAGCAUGACGAGCGUGCCCUACCGUCUCCACGCAGUCAUCUGUCACAGGGGACAGCUGAUGUCCGGUCACUACUGGGUCUGGAUCUGCGAUUUCGAAGACCGAGUGUGGCGUUCGUACAACGAUGAGGCGGUGGAGGAGAACAAGGACACGGCCGAGGUGCUCAGUAAGCUGAGCACGAGCGGCGAGCCAUACUUUCUCUGCUACGUCCGCGACGAGGACAAGGAGAAGUACGUCGACGUGCCGAAGCGACAGCGACAGCCAGCCGGACCCGAAGGCGAAGGAGAGACGGCGGCGUCGGACGCCGUCGUCGUGGACAGGGAUGGGGACGUGAAGGUGUUGGACGCAGAGAAUGGCCGGCGCGAGGCCGUCGCCGACCUUCAGCCAUCUCCAGAAUAUCGCAUCGAGUGA